AUGGAUACCAAAGUGAUCUGUUUAUUUUUCUUGUUUUCUUUGCCUCUGCUGACAGUGGGAAAUCACACUGGUCGCAUCAAGGUGGUCUUUACACCCAGCAUCUGUAAAGUGACUUGUACCAAAGGCAACUGUCAGAACAACUGUGAGAAGGGAAAUACCACCACCCUCAUUAGUGAAAACGGCCAUGCUGCUGACACUCUGACAGCCACUAACUUCCGAGUAGUUAUUUGCCACCUUCCAUGCAUGAAUGGAGGCCAGUGCAGUUCUAGAGAUAAAUGCCAGUGCCCUCCUAAUUACACUGGUAAACUUUGUCAGAUCCCGGUGCAGACUGCCAAUACUCCAAAACUGUACCAUCACACACAACAGGUGAACAAGGCUGUAGGAUCACAAAUUGUCCACUCUACUCAUACAUUACCACUGACAAUGUCUGGACAGCAAGGUGUAAAAGUGAAGUUCCCUCCUAACAUAGUGAAUAUCCAUGUGAAACAUCCCCCUGAAGCCUCAGUUCAGAUCCAUCAAGUUUCAAGAAUUGACAGCACAUCAACAGGACAAAAAGUGAAAGUACCUCAGCCAGUACAUCCACAGGUCUCUUACCAAGGUCUUCCGUAUCAGAAGACCCAGAAAGGACAUACUACUUACACAAAUCAACAACCCAUUCCUCAUAUGUUUCCUGUUUCAGUUAAAACUCAGCUUGGGCGCUGCUUCCAGGAGACUAUUGGGACACAGUGUGGCAAAGCACUUCCUGGCCUUUCCAAGCAAGAAGACUGCUGUGGAACCGUGGGUACUUCCUGGGGUUUUAACAAAUGCCAGAAAUGUCCCAAGAAGCCAUCUUACCAUGGAUACAGUCCCAUGAUGGAAUGCCCACAAGGCUACAAGAGGAUCAAUGCUACAUUUUGUCAAGAUAUCAAUGAGUGUCAGUUGCAGGGAGUAUGCCCUAAUGGUGAGUGCUUGAAUACCAUGGGCAGCUACAGAUGUACCUGCAAAAUGGGAUUUGUGCCAGACCCCACCCUCUCAAGAUGCAUACCUGAUAAUCCUAUAGUUGCUGAAGAGAAAGGACCCUGCUACCGCUUUGUUAGUGCAGGAAAGCAAUGCAUGCAUCCUCUUUCUGUUCAGCUCAGCAAGCAGCUUUGCUGUUGCAGUGUUGGCAAAGCCUGGGGCCCGCACUGUGAGAAGUGUCCUCUUCCAGGAACAGCUGCUUUUAAGGAAAUCUGCCCUGGUGGAAUGGGUUAUACGGUUUCUGGCUCUCACAGAAACAAGCUAUAUCAUCACCCUGCAGUUAGAGUACAGCCACCUGUCAUUGGCAAGACCCCGAUUACUCAACCUGUUGCUAAAGGUACUUCUCCUCCACCUCUCCCAGCAAAGGAAGAGCCAGUGGAGGCACUGACCUUCUCACAGAAAAGUGAGACUGAGAUGGCUGUGCAAGAAGUGGCAACUGCAGCCCCUGAUCAGGAAUUAGCUUCCCUUGAUCAAGAAAAGCAGCCUGAUCUAGAGCCUGGGCAGCCUCAGCUUUCUCCUGGAAUUUCUACAAUUAACCUGCAUCCACAGUUUCCAGUAGUGAUUGAGAAAACAUCUCCUCCUCUGCCUGUUGAAGUUGCUCCUGAAGUCUCUACUUCGAGUGCAAGUCAAGUAAUUGCACCUACUCAAGUUACAGAAAUCAACGAAUGUACGGUUAAUCCUGAUAUCUGUGGAGCAGGACACUGUGUUAAUUUGCCUGUGGGAUACACUUGCAUCUGCUACGAGGGGUACAAACUUAACGAUCAGCAGACAAAGUGCUCUGAUAUUAAUGAGUGUAAUCAGGCACCCCAUCUCUGUUCCCUUGGACGCUGUGAAAAUACAGAAGGAAGUUUCCUGUGUAUUUGCCAAGCUGGAUUCAUGGCCAGUGAAGAUGGAACCGACUGCGUUGAUUUUGAUGAAUGUUCACGACCUCAUACUUGCGGGGAAGGCUUUUGUAUAAAUACUGUUGGCUCAUACAGAUGUGAAUAUUGUGAUAGUGGAUACCAAAUGAACAGGAGAGGUGAAUGUGAAGACAUUGAUGAAUGCCUGACUCCAACUACUUGUCCAGAUGCACAAUGCAUUAAUGCUCCUGGUUCUUACCAGUGCAUUCCUUGCAGACUGGGAUUCAGAGGCUGGAAUGGACACUGCCAUGAUAUAGAUGAAUGUCAGUAUGGCAAUCUCUGCACAAAUGGACAUUGUGAAAAUAUGGAGGGGUCUUUCAGAUGUAUUUGUGGCCAAGGUUUCAAACUGUCUGCAUCAGAGGAUCAGUGUGAAGAUAUAGACGAAUGCCAGCACCGAUCGCUCUGUACGAAUGGACGCUGCAGGAACACAGAAGGAUCUUUCAGAUGUAUUUGUAACCAAGGCUACACAUUAUCAUCUACUGGAGAUCAGUGUGAAG